AUGGUUUUAGUUCAAGAUUUAUUACAUCCAAAUCCAUCAACAACAAAAAAUACUUAUAAAUUAAAAAAAUUAGUUCAAGAACCAAAUUCUUAUUUUAUUGAUAUAAAAUGUCCUGGAUGUUUUAAUAUUGUAACAAUUUUUAGUCAUGCUCAAACUUCUGUUAGUUGUGAAAAAUGUUCUAAUUUAUUAUGUACUCCAACUGGUGGUAAAGCUAAAUUAGUUGAAGGUUCAUCAUUUAGAAGAAAAUAA